AUGUCCUCAGCAGACCCCGGAUCCAGCGUCGACAAAGCCUCCGUACGCGGCGCCCUGCUCCCCCUCAUCCCUCUCAUCCCUCCCAAACAAUACCCGCCCUCCCCUUCAGUCACUUCCAAAAUCUCCCCUUUCCUGGCUCUGACAAAUCUCGACCAGUCGCCAGAUAACUCCAACGCCGAUGUCUCAGCCGCCGUAGAGGAGUUGUUGAACACGCUGUCCAACAAAUUCGCUAGCGUGUCGUCCGAGAUAUUUGCCAAAAAGGCGGCGCUGCUAGAGACCAAGGCAAAUGAGAGCUCGGGCUCGACAAAGUCUUGA